AUGGAAAUUGAUUAUCGCACUCGUUUAACAGCAAUGUUGGAUGUGAUAUUCUUUCUAUUGAAGCAAGGGUUGCCUUUUCGAGGACACGAUGAGUCAACUAGUUCUUCAAAUAGAGAGAUCACACUUGCUACAAUCAAUGAUAUUGGAGAUAAAUUAUUUUCUUUGAUGGUUGAUGAGGCUCUAGACAGUUCAGUGAAGGAGCAUAUGAGAAUUGUUUUGAGAUAUGUGAAUAAAGAAGGAUGUGUGAUUGAACGAUUUCUUGCAGUUGUGCAUGUACCUGACACUAGCUCUCAUUCUUUGAAAAUGGCUAUUGAUGCUUUAUUUAUGCAACAUGGUUUAUCAUUAUCUAGAUUGAGAGGCCAAGGAUAUGAUAGAGCUUCAAAUAUGAGUGGUGAAUUCAAUGGAUUGAAAUCUCUGAUACUACAAGAAAAUCUAUUUGCAAUGUAUGUUUACUGUUUCUCUCACUAG